AUGACGUUGUCUGACGCAGAAUCAGACUCUCAGAGACCGAGAGCCGGGGGGCCUCGGAGCCGGCCAGUCCAGCGCCAGAUCCCCGUCUGCAGCGGAGCCGGGGGCCCUCUCAUCCCGGGCCAUCUCAGCCGCAUCUCUGCCGCCUUCCAGCCAGUGGAGAGGCCCUUCCCACCUAGGGGGCUGGUAGGAGGAGGUGUGCAGAUCCGGACGGCUAUGGAGGAGAUCUUGUGGCCCCAGGGAUGGGAGGACGGAACGGCUGGUCCAAGGGGAAGAGUGAGGGCUGGCGAUUCACAGGCCAUGAAUGACCAAAACGGGAGAUCUCCCAACCUCAGGGAUGGGCGAAGGCCAAAGCUGGGGCAGGCCGUUGGGGCACGGUCCAAGCACGGCUCUGGGCCCGACUUCUCCUCCACUCGUCCAACAGGUGUCAGAGAGAGAGUCCUUCGGGGGAACGCGAUCAAAACAAUCGAGGAUGGGGUCUUUGCUGAGCUUCCUCACCUGGUGGAGCUAGACCUUUCCAGCAACCAAAUGGCCGAGCUGCCUCCGACACUGUAUGAGGGCCUCCACGACCUCCAGAUGCUGAACAUCUCGGCCAAUCCUCUGAAGGAGAUCCCUUUGAACCACUUUGACAAUCUCUCCCACCUGCAGUCGCUGAGCAUGAAGGGCAUGGAGAUCCCCAACAUUCAAUCCAUGUUCCAGAAACUGGGCAACCUGUCUUACAUCUACUUCGACCACUUCCAGUACUGCAGUUACGCCCCCCACGUGCGCAGCUGCCAGCCCAACACGGACGGCAUCUCGUCCCUGGAGAACCUCCUGGCCAACCUGCUCCUGCGGGUCUUCGUCUGGGUCAUUGCCUGUGCCACCUGCCUGGGCAACGUCUUCGUGGUCUGCAUGCGCACCCUCAUCGUGCCCGAGAACUUCCAGCACGCCAUGGCCAUCAAGUGUCUGUGCUGUGCCGAUUUCCUCAUGGGAGUCUACCUGUUCUUCAUCGGCGCCUCGGACCUGCGCUACGCCGGCGAGUACAACAAGCACGCCCAGGCCUGGAUGGCCAGCCCCCAGUGCCAGGCCGUGGGCUGCCUGGCCAUGCUGUCCUCCGAGGUCUCCGUCCCGCUCACCUACGUGACCCUGGAGAAGUACGUCGGCAUCGUCUUCCCCUUCAGCCACUACCGGGCCGGCCGCCGGCAGACCCUGCUCACUCUGGUGGCCAUCUGGCUGGUGGGCUUCACCAUCGCCGUGGUGCCCUUCUGGAGUCGGGCCUUCGGCAACUACUACGGCAGCAACGGUGUCUGCUUCCCCCUCCACUUCGACACGCCCGACAGCGCCAUGGCCCAGCACUACUCUACGGCCAUCUUCCUAGGGGUCAACCUGGUCGCCUUCAUCACCAUGGUGAUAGCCUACAGCAGCAUGUUCCACUCGGUCCGGGUGUCCCGGGCCCGCUCGGCAAAGCCCAGCUCCUUUGCUCGGGAGGUCUCUAUCGCCAAGCGCUUCUUCUUCAUUGUCUUCACUGACGCCCUCUGCUGGCUUCCCAUCUUUCUCCUGAAGCUGCUGUCGCUGCUGCAUCUGGAAAUCCCAGGCACGGUCACCUCCUGGGUGGUGAUCUUCAUCCUGCCCAUCAACAGCGCCCUGAACCCCGUCCUCUACACCAUCACCACGACGCCCUUCCAGGAGAAGCUCAAGCAGUGUCUGCGGCGCGACGGCCGCCCCCCGGCUUCCUCCCGGGCCGCCGAGCCCAGCUUCGCCCUGGUGCCGCCCGGCCCAGACCUGUUGCAGCCCUCGCCUUCCCCCCCAGAUUCUCCCCGCCGGCCACCCUCGGGUGCCCCUGCAGGCCACCCCUGCCACAGGCAGCCCAGCCCUCCGUUCAUCUUCUCCCCGCCUACAGGCGCUAUCCGGGCCACUCCAGCCACAUGCCCCUUCACUGUGCCCACCGUGCCAAUUUGCCCCAACCUGUGCCAUCCUGGUCUCAAUCCUCCCUCCCUCUCCUCCCCAAAACAGGACAGCCACAUGGGCUGA